UUGUUGUUUUUUUUUUACCUAGGUGGUGUGUGUAUUGCCCAGUCUUUAAAGAUCCCAAGGGAGCCAAGAGUGGGGGAGUUUGAUAAGAUCAUCAGGCGACUAAUGGAGACCUCCAAUGCCAGGGCCAUCAUCAUGUUUGCCAAUGAAGACGACAUACGGCGAGUUCUUGAUGCUGCUAAAAGAAGCAACCAGACUGGUCACUUCUUGUGGGUUGGAUCAGACAGCUGGGGGUCCAAGAGCUCUCCAGUGACUGGCCAAGAGAUGGUUGCCGAGGGAGCCAUCACCAUCCUACCCAAACGAGUGUCUGUGGAUGCAUUUGACCGGUAUUUCCGCAGCCGAUCUCUGUCCAACAACAGAAGAAACGUUUGGUUUGCCGAGUUCUGGGAGGAAAACUUCGACUGCAGGCUCGGGAUGCACGGCAAACGGACCAGCGCGCAGAAAAAAUGCACAGGUUUAGAAAAAGUGGGCAGGGACUCGAACUACGAGCAGGAAGGAAAGGUCCAGUUUGUGAUGGACGCCGUCUACGCGAUGGCGCACGCUCUGCACCGUAUGCACCGAGAGCUCUGCUACGGCUACCCGGGCCUCUGCCCACGCAUGGCUAACAUCGAUGGCAAAGAGCUGCUCAGCCACAUUCGUGCGGUCAAGUUCAAUGGAAGUGCCGGCACACCAGUGAUGUUCAAUGAGAAUGGAGAUGCUCCGGGAAGGUACGACAUCUUCCAGUACCAGUCUAUCAACAAUUCCAAGCCAGAGUACAGACUUAUCGGCUCAUGGACCAACAAACUACAUUUGAAGAUGGACGCGAUGCACUGGAAGACGGGUGACCAGUCCCUGCCAGCUUCCGUGUGCAGCUUGCCGUGUCGGACAGGCCAAAGAAAGAAGGUGGUAAAAGGAGUGCCGUGCUGCUGGCACUGCGAAAGCUGUGAAGGAUACCACUACCAGGCCUCGGAGUUCACAUGCGAGCUGUGUCCCUACGAGAUGCGACCAGAUACAAACCGAACAGGGUGCGUUCCGAUUCCUAUCAUCAAGCUCGAGUGGCACUCCCCCUGGGCCGUCGUCCCCGUCUUCAUCUCCAUGUUGGGCAUUAUCGCCACCUCCUUCGUCAUCGUCACUUUUGUGCGGUACAACGACACGCCCAUCGUCCGCGCAUCCGGCCGGGAGAUGAGUUACGUGCUCCUGACUGGAAUCUUCCUGUGCUACGCCAUCACCUUCCUAAUGAUUGCGACGCCGGACGUGGGCGUGUGCUCACUGCGGAGGAUUUUUCUCGGCCUGGGCAUGUGCUUCAGCUACGCCGCACUGCUCACGAAGACCAACAGGAUACACCGCAUCUUUGAACAAGGGAAAAAGUCUGUUACAGCACCCAGGUUCAUCUCCCCUGCCUCGCAGCUUGUCAUCACCUUCUCUCUGAUCUCGGUUCAGCUUCUUGGGGUGUUCCUCUGGUUCGCUGUGGACCCUCCCCACAUUGUAGUGGACUACGGAGAGCAACGGACCCAGGACCCCAUGUCGGCCCGCGGAGUCCUCAAAUGCGAUAUCUCCGACCUGUCUCUCAUCUGUUCCUUGGGUUACUCCAUUCUGCUCAUGGUGACAUGCACAGUUUAUGCCAUAAAGACACGAGGCGUGCCCGAAACCUUCAACGAGGCCAAGCCCAUUGGAUUUACCAUGUAUACCACGUGUAUCAUCUGGCUGGCAUUCAUCCCCAUAUUCUUUGGCACAUCACAGUCUGCUGAAAGGGUGAGUAUGCUCUACUAUUACAUUAUGUGGAUAUGAGAUGCCAGACUAGGG